AUGGCGGAGAAUAAGGUAAAUUUUUUGAUUAAUGGACAAUCAAAAGUGCCUCCAGGUUUCAGAUUCCAUCCAACAGAAGAAGAACUUCUCCAUUACUAUCUCCGCAAGAAAGUUCACUCUCAAAAGAUAGAUCUUGAUAUCAUUCCUGAAGUAGAUCACAACAAGCUUGAGCCUUGGGAUAUUCAAGAGGAAUGUAGAAUCGUUUCGACACCACAGAACGAUUGGUACUUCUUCAGUCAUAAGGACAAGAAGUAUCCAACCGGGUCAAGAACAAACAGGGCAACAGUCGCCGGAUUUUGGAAAGCUACUGGACGUGAUAAGAUCAUAUACAGUUGUGUCCAGAGAAUAGGAUUGAGGAAGACCCUUGUGCUCUACAAAGGAAGAGCUCCUCAUGGUCAGAAAUCUGAUUGGAUCAUGCAUGAGUGUCGCCUCCACGAUGCUCCAACAACUGAUAGCUAUUCUGAUGUUGUAACUGAAGACCCAAUGAGCUAUGACGAAGAAGGUUGGGUGGUAUGUCGAGUCUUCAGGAAGAAGAACUAUCAAAAGAUCGACGAUUCUCCUAAAAUCACUCUAUCUUCUUCACUUGAUGACACUGACGAACACAGAAGGCCUACCACCUUUCACAACACUCUAAACGCCACCGUUUUUGACAAUGUUCUUCUAUGCAUGGACCGUGCCGGACCCAAUAUUUUCAUGCCAGAGAUCCAAACCAAAACUCAACAUCAGGAUAAUCUUUUAUUCAUGCAACUCCCAAGUCUUGAGACACCCAAAUCCGGAAACUUGGUCGACCAAAACUCAAAGCUUCCGAACCAACUGGAUUCCUCUAUAGAUCAAGAGAUGAUAACCGGUGGACUGGUUUGCAGUAAUUGGGCUAGUCUUGAUCGGUUAGUUGCGUGGCAAUUAAACAAUGGUCAUCAUACGAGUUUUGACGAGGAAGAAGAAGAUGGUGAUGCUAUGAUGCAUCGAUGGGAUAUUCAGUGGAAUAAUGAUAAUAAUGUCGAUCUUUGGAGCAGUUUCGCAGAAUCUUCUUCGUCUCAUUCGUCUUUAGACCCUCUUCUUCAUUUAUCUGUAUGA